UGCUCUUCCAGGCCAAAGAGGAGAAGGAGGAGGACAUGGUUUACUUCGGCAAAGUGACCUUCCCCUGCCAGCCCGGGCGCGGCCAAGUGCACAAGCUCGUCCUCACCCCAGAGCAGCUCCACGAGCUGCACAACCGCCUCAUCUCCUAAGGCCGGAGCUGCCUCCCCCCGUACAGACUGAGGUUCAUUGCACAUCCCCUCCCCAGCCUGUUGUUGAAUCGUCCCCUGUACGAGGCAGCCCUUGGGGGCAGCAAUACUAACCUGUGUGUACCCCGGGCCGCGGCAGCGCCCGUUGGCCUUGCUCUGCCACGCGCUGCGUCCCCGUUACUGAAACCACUGCUCUGCUCUCCUCUCCUUGCCCAGCCUGGCCAGGGAGAGGAAAUGCUGGCCGCUUCCACCACAUCGCCUCUCCUGCCUGGCCCUGCUGGGGGGGUGAGUGCGAGAGCUGCUUUUCCUCCCGGGGUGAGCGAGCAGGACGCUCACCAAGAGCUCAGACCACCGCGUGCUGCUGGCCCCUUCUAAGCAAACGCUGUUUAACACUAGAGCCCGUUGCUGCUCUUCCUCUGGGCCCUCUGCUGCUCGGGGCUGGCCUGGCUCGGGGGCAGCUGAGACGAGGGAGGUGGCACCUCGCACGAGGUAUUAAAAACCCAGUAACUGCCCAAAGCAGCAUCUCCGUGUCCUGCUGGGGGGCCGCGGGGUCUCGCUCCCGACGCUACAGCCCCUUCCCUCGCAGCCCCAGCCCGGUGCCGUCCAGACACACGAGCGCGGGGGGCUCGGCACUCCCGGCCCCGGCGUUUGUUGCUCAGGGUCCAGCAGCGGCA